UGAAAGUUUCUUGGUUGUGAAUUGUCUGAAGAUGACCCUUUGUUUGAAAAGAAACUUAAAUUGCUUAACGAUAAGGGAUUCGUCCAAGUGACCGUGUAUACCUGCAGAAGACUUUAGUUCCUCAUAGUCUGAAAGGCAAGUUGGAUGCCUUGCUUCAGAGAGCUCGGAUAAUCCACUUGAAUGAGAUGGAGCUUUAUUUUGGUGCUAGUGCUUCAGAUGACGGUAUAACAGAAGAAUUUUACAGUCCUCGAAAUGAGUUAGAGGCUCUGAAUUGUGUCCUCUCUCUAGUUGAUCAUAGUGGGAAAAGUGAUGUGACUAAUGCUUCGCUGAAAGCUCUACGAGUUGCAAUUAUCUCAAGAAUUUUCAAUUUUGGGAACAAAAAUAAAUUGGAAACAGAGAUGGUAAAGGAAGCAUGUGACAGUGAGAAGCAUCUUACGAGUUGGGCUGAAAGCCAUGGUCUCGUAUCUAAGCUGCAGAUAGCUUAUGUUGAAGGAGCUGGGAGAGGAGCACUGGCAACAGAAGACCUUGGGGUUGGAGACAUAGCUCUGGAGAUACCUAUUUCUGUUAUUAUCUCAGAAGACCUUGUCUAUGAAUCUGACAUGAUUCAUGUUUUGGAAAAGAUAGAUGGCAUUUCUGCUGAAACUAUGUUGUUAUUGUGGAGUAUGAGGGAGAGGCACAACAUUGACUCGAAGUACAAAUUCUACUUUGAUGCACUUCCCAAACAGUUUAAUACUGGAUUGAGCUUUGGUGUGGAGGCGACGAUAGUUUUGGAUGGAACCUUGGCCUUAGAAGAGAUAUUACAAGCGAAGCAGCAUUUGCGUUAUGAAUAUGAUCAGUUGUUUCCCGCUCUCUCCGUGAGUUUUCCUGGUUUAUUCUCACCAGAGUUCUACACAUGGGAGCAGUACCUAUGGGCAUGUGAGCUAUGGUACUCCAAUUCCAUGAAAAUUAUGUUUCCCGAUGGAAAGCUGAAGACAUGUUUGAUCCCUGUUGCAGGUUUUCUAAACCACUCUGUUUGCCCACAUAUUAUGCAUUAUGGAAAAGUAGACUCUGUGACAAACACUCUCAAAUUUCCUCUCUCAAGACCAUGCAAUAGGGGAGAGCAAUGCUAUCUGAGCUAUGGAAAUCUAUCUAGUUCUCAUCUGCUCACCUUCUAUGGGUUUCUACCACAAGAAGUGAACCCUUAUGAUAUUAUCCCGCUUGAUAUUGAAGAAGGCUCAGACUGCUCUUCUGAGGAAGGCUGUCAAGAUGAUACCAAACACAUGGUUCGGGGUGCUUGGCUUUCAGUUUUGACCAACCAAGGCCUCUUUUACUAUAGACUGCCAUCACCACUUUUGGAGCAUCUACGGAAUGCUGUGAAUCCUGGCUUGCAUACUAUGACACUGUUGCAAGAAAGCUUGGAAACUGAGAAGAAGGUUCUUGAUGACCUUUAUGCGAUUUUUGAUGGCAUGAUGAAAAAUCUUGAUGACUCAGUGCUGGAAGACAGGUCAAGUGAGAAGUGGGAUGUACAAUUAGCAAUACAGUACAAAGAUUUGCAGAAAAACAUUGUGUCUUCUAUACUGACUGCCUGUGAAUCUGGACGAAAGAUGGUGGAACAUGAACUCAAGAGAUGCAUGCAUGAGGACAUUGCUGGCUAGCUGUAGCUUCAGUUAGAACGAGUGCCCUUCCUGCUGUUUUUCUGUAUAUCAUUACUGUGAAUGUCAGCCUCCCUUGGCUCCCUUGGAGCCAUAUACUCGCCCUGUAUGUCCGUUUUUGUUGUAAUUUUAGCAUAAGUAGCAAAGAUAGUAUACCUAGGUAAAGGCAUUGUAAGUUCGCAACCCAUGGUCAAGAUUAGCCCCUUCACCAAUUUUGUUCUGGACCUUUCUCAUUUGAGGCAAUAUAAUCUGGUAUAAGUGUAUUAC